GAGAGAGACACCGAGAGGGAGGGAGAGAGAGAGAGAGAGAGAGAGACGGCUGUCCCUUGCUUUGAGAGCGAGCGGGUUUCACUCCUCCCGUUUUUCCGAAGAACAUAGACAUUGGAGUCUUUCAGCUUUUUCUCCGUAACUGCAAAGAGAGCAGCAACAGCAACGCCGACAAUGUGGCCGCGCGGGAAAGCCGCCGCCGCCGCCUUUACCGGCCCCGCCGUGUGCAUUCUGCUGGCCUUGGCCGUCAUCCCGGGGAGCGGAGCGACACCGGUACCGGGAGCCUUACCGGGCACGGUAACGGCACCGCAGACGGUAACGGCUCUGAGGGCGGAGACGGCAACGGGGACGGCAUCAUCGGCACCGGCGGCGGUAACGGCACCGCAGACGGUAACGGCUCCGGGGGCGGCGACGGCACCGGAGACGGCAUCAUCGGCUCCGGCACCGGGAGCGGCGACGGCACCGCAGACGACGGCAACGGCACCGGAGACGGCAUCAUCGGCUCCGGCACCGGGAGCGGCGACGGCACCGCAGACGACGGUGGCCAAGGGGCGGUCGCUACCCGACGACAUCGUGAUAAUCCGCUUGGGCGGUGAAGACGAGGACGAGUACGAGUACGAGUACGAGGAGGAAGACCAGGAGACGGUCACGGAGCCGGUACCGGGCGUCACCACCCGCCUGUGCGACUACGACCGCUGCCGCCACGGGCAGAGGCCGUGCGCCGAGCUGCAGCUGCUCGCCGGCCCCUCCAACCCCUGCCUGUGCCCCGGGAUGGCCGACGAGGACGCGCCGCCCGACCCGCCGCAGCUGCUGCCGCCGACCACCAUCACCGACUCGUCCGCGCAGCUGCACUGGUGCGAGCCCCUGUCCACCGUGCGCGGCUACCGCCUGUUGCUGAGCAACGACGCAGACGACGUCGGGCACGUCGACGCCGGCCACGUGACCGACGGGGCCCGCGCGGCCCAGGGCCCCGCCCACCGCCCGGACGGUCCCGCCGGCGGCUCGUCGUCCCGCCCGACGCUGACGACGCAGCCGCUCGCGCCGGACGCCCGGCUCCACACGCUGACCGGCCUGCGCUCGGCCACCGCCUACCGGGUCUGCGUGGAGGCCUUCAACGCGGCCGGCCAGAGCCGGCGGCUCGAGGGGGUGGCGCCGCGGUCGAGCCCGGAGAGGCGGCACCUCGACGGCCCCGGGCUGGAGCUGGGCCCCUGCCGCCGCUUCACCACCAAACCCAGCCGCUACACGGUCGCCGCCGUCGGCGCGUCCGGCCUCCUGGCCCUGCUGCUGGUGGCCGUGGCCGCCGGGGCGUGCUGCGUCGUCCGGCGGCGCUCGGCGGGGAAGCCGCCGGCGGGCGGGGCGGCGGCGACGGCGUCGGCGUCGAACGGAACGUCCAACCCCGCCUACCGGGGGGGCGGCCGCGGUGACGUCAGAGGGGGCGCGCGCGGCUGGGUCCAACCAGAGCCGCAGGCCGGCGGCACGUGA